UGGGCAGGCGAGAGAGAUGGAAGGAGGGAGAGUGAGAGAGAGCACGCGUCAGCACUCCACGCGUUAAAAGGGCAGAUGGUAACCGCGGGUAACUGAAGAGCAAACCACUCCUGGCCACGGAGCAAGAGAUCAGCAGAGGGAGAGAGGAACACAUGCAUUAGAGGAGAAGAGAGGGAUGAGCUCUCACUGACCGUCUGCACGUCUGCCUUGAGAGAGAAGACGAGCGGGUUACUUCUUACUUCUAGUUUCUAGAAACAAAGACAAAGAGAGAAAGCGACGUCGCAGGGACAAUCUCUGCAGAGAGGAGACGGGAGAAGCCGAGAUUCCUGCGGAGAAGUAUUCCUUGUUGUAGCCUAUUUCCAGACAGAGAGACGAAGCAGGGAUAGCCUACAGUCCAGCCAGAUGGGGAGGUGAGGAGCAGGACACAGACGAGCCGGAUAGUUUGCAAGGAGCCUGAUGCCAGGAGGACAGCUUUAGGGGCUCUGAUCGGGAGAGGUGUUUUGAGGAGAAAGAGUGGCACAUGGAGGGAGAGAGAGUUGAGCUGACAAGUUAAGACGGGAGAGCUUAGAGCGGUUUAAGGAAAAGGGAGAAAGGAGAGAAGGGAACUCGAGCAAGAUCUGAGAAAGAGGAGCAGAGCGGUGUGAGAGACCGGGGAUGUUGAUGAAGAUAGAGGAGAAAGCUGAAGAAGGGAUGAAAUAGUUUCCAACUAAAUUGCGUGACGGAAAGGAGCAGAAAAACGAGGCGAUGAACCAAGUGAAAAGGAGUGUCCCAUCCAGAGACAGGGAAUAAAGGAGCCACAUGCCGGAGGGGAGACAACUUCUUUCUGCUCUGUUGAAGCCCCUCUUCCACCACUUUGUUGUGUUGAACUCAAACCCGAGGAGGGACAACUAAGAAGAAGAAGAAAAGUUGUCGGUGCUGAAUAAAACACAUAGUUUGACGGCAGUUUAACACCGCAGACCGUCAGACAGCAGCCCCGUCCGCCCAUGCCCCGCUCCGGACGGGGGGGGUCAUGGCGUGCUACUACAUAGUGAUCAGCUCCACGCACCUGCGCGACGGACAGCUGCGGAGCAUCAAAGGGGUGUUCCGCGGACCAAUCGGAAGCAGCGGACACAGGAACGCGGAUGAAGGGGAUUCCAGUUUGUACUGCGAGCUGUGCAACAAGCAAUACCUGAGGCCCCAACAGUUUGACAACCACAUCAACUCGUACGAUCACCACCACAAACAGCGGCUGAAGGAGUUGAGGCAGAGGGAGUUCUACCGGGCGCUGGCCUGCAGGAGGCAGAGGAGGCUGCGGGAGGAGAGGAGGCGCCAGAGAAGCUUCCGCAGACCCCGCCACCUGCAGAACGAGGAGCGGAGAGGAGGAGGAGAGGAGGAGGAGGAGGGCGAGAGGAGGGAUGGAGUGUUUGCUCCAGGCAGCGGUCCGAUGUUCCGCUCCACCACGGUCGCCGUGGAGCCCACGAACGCCAGCGGGCCGGCGGGCCUGAAGCCAUUGUGGGCCGACGUCCACGCCAAGACUUGGUCUCCGCUUGCUGCUGAUCCCCAGAGCCAGUUGAUGCAACCGUUCCUCUCCCUGAAUCCUUCACUGGCCACCGACCUCAUCAACAAUGCCCCCCACUGGGACUCCCCCCGUUUAAGUGGAAAUGCCAUUACAACAAAUAACAGGGACACAAAUACGGAUGACCCUGGUGUGGAAGCCAUCACCGGCAGCAGACAUCCCCACAAUGCCUCCGUAGCGACGGAUAGCCUGCCCCACAGCCUUCCUGGUGCCAGCCAUCCCCUCACAACACCCAUCGGUACCGGCUCCAGCUGUAAGAACACAGGCAGAACUCCCAACAAAACAGGAAUUGGUGUUGGCGGGCAGCCGGUCGGUCGUAGCCCCGUGUGCGGACCGAGCAGCAGAAUCCGACCUGUGUCUUUCUCUUUGCCCAAAAAGAGUUGUCUCCUUCUCCACCAAUCAGCCGCCGUCUUCAUACAGGCAAGGCGGGACUCCGGCUUAGUGGCCAAACAGGCGAGUGCGAUGGCGAUGCUGACGGAAAAAAACAGCCAGCCAGGGAUCAGAGUCACAGACCAAACCUGCCCUUCCCCAGUCACCCCAGUGCUUUCAACCAUGAUAGGGGACGGCCCCACUGGAGACAAUGGUGGGUUUGGAACUCAGGCCAGUGUGGCCAACGGUACUGGACCCCAGCACUCAGUCUCCAGCGAAACUGGGAUGGGAGCCAGCAACCCAGCAGACAGUAGGCGGAGAGGCCUGCCUGAUGCCCACAGGGGUGAGGCAGAGACCCAGGUUGCUUUGUGUGGGGACAACAGGAGGGUGGACAGUGGAGUGUCUCUUCCUAUUGACAGUGGGAAAUUAGCCCUGCUUCCCUUAGAUAAAGAUCACGGGGUGGCGGCCGCCCAGGGCAGCGUCAUGCAGACUGGCGUCCUGGGUUAUCUAAAUGAGGUAAUUAGUGACCAGAUCACCCCUGGCAACAAGGCUGGUAGAGGCAGCAGCUGUUUGGAAGGCUGCGAGACAGAGAUUCCUCAUGAGACCGGUCCUGAUUCACCACCAACCAGCACGACGACCCCACCGCUCUCCUUGUUCCCAUAUAAACCAGUAAACCCAUUGGUUGCAAUUCAAAGUCAGCCCCAAAAAUCGAAUCCUUCUGUCCUUAGUCAGCUGACAGACUCAAACUCCUCCGUGCCAAAGUGUGCCAAAGAGUCCCCCGUUCUGAUCCCCUGUCGCCCCAAAGAGCCUUUCUGUCAGGUGCAGAGCCGAGACGGAACCACGGUGCUCCUCUGGCCCACGGAGAUGAUCAGCUUCACCAAGACCACGCCCUCCAUCUCCUUCAGCGUCAACCCCCUGCUGUACGACUUCAGGGCCCAAGCCAGGGCUAGGGAGGCCAGCGAUAAGGGGAGCGCCCCACUGGGGGCAGAGGCAGGAGGAACCAGGGGUAGAAAGAGGUCGAUCCUGGAUCUCAAAACAUCCAAACGUCAAGAGAGACAGAAGGAGUUGGAGGGAGGUGGGGAUCAGGGGAGAGAAGAAAGGCACCGGGUGGGAGGCGCCGUGGAGGCACAGGAGGCUGGGAGUGGGCCUGUUGAGCUUACAUCCGACGGUAGCCAUAGCGAUGCGCUUCCGGAAUGUCACGGCGAGGGAGUUCUGAAACCUUCAACCUCAAACUGCUCUAAAGAGACGAGCGUUGCUCACAUCCUCGGCUCGCGCCUUCAAAGCAAUAUGAGGAGCAGGAGGAAGAGGAGGAGGCGGGGAGGGGUGAGGAGGGGUUUGAGGCGGAGAGGGAAGAGGAAUAGAGGGAAGGAGAAAGGCAAAAAGGAUCCCGAGAGGGCAAGAAGUGUUCCUGCCAAGCAGUCGUUUGAAGGAGAACAAGGGGGGACAAGGAAACAGGGGGAGGGCACAGAAACAGAAAGAGAGAGGGGAGAAAAGGUGCCAUUAAGUAAUCUUCUGGCGGUUCACGGCGUCGGCAUGAAUGAAACAAAGAGGAGGGGGGGGGCCGAGAGAGGGGGUGCAGGGAACCUGACAGAAAGCACGAGGCCGGGCAGAAAUGAUGAGACUGAGCCAGAGCUAUUAAGUAAUCUUCCCGUGAACGGGUGUAAUCGCUGUAACCAGCUGUGUCUGCAGGUGAAAAGAGAGGCCAGCUUGCCUCCCGCCCAGCGAUCAGGCUCCGCAUGGGACGGGGGGCUCAGAAUAUCCCCCUUCGGGAGCACACCGUGCGGCCCUGCGAUUAGCCCCAUCCCAGGCCCCGUCGGGGGGCCGUCUUGCUGGCCCCACACCCAAGCCGGUCCCGGGCUCGGCGGUGGGGCCUCGGUGGAGAAGACACACGGAGAUGCAGGAGGGAGAUUGCAGAGAGACGGGGGGACGGGUCAGGAGCAAGGGAACACGGGGGCCGCGUGGGAGAUUACAGCAGAGCGUUGUGUUCGGGAGGCGAGGGAAAUGGUGUGCAACCGAGCGAUUAGCCGUCUGUCUUCCCCCUGCGGGGAAACAGCAGCCAACCCAGAGAUUAAUACCAGCCCCGCGCCGCACACCGCCGCGGCGUGUGAUCCAGAGAUAUGCCGCGUCCCAGGCCGUCGGCCGCCGCCGUUCAGUCAGCGGCCGUCCUGCUCUUUGGAACAGAUCCAAACGGAGGGAAUCAGUAGAUCUGAGCCGCCGUCCCUUCAUAGCCCUCCUGCUGUGGCCAGGGAACAGGAAGUGACAGCGGAACAUAAAAUCUGUGGUGUAAACAGGAAGAGAGUAUCGGAGAACGCUCCGUCAUCGGAGGACGCCACGGAGAAGAGGAGGAAAAUGUGGAGGAGUGAUGAUGCAGUCGCUUGGCCCGUACAGGAAAUCCACCAGAGAGGACAGAGCGCUUCACCCUCUGAUCUCCGCGCUGAAGACUCCCAUUCGUCCCGCGAUCCCUCGGAUGAUGCAUGUGAAAGGAACACCAAAGCCACAGACAGAACGAACGGCGUCGCCGGCAACACCAGCACAUUUGCGUUCCCCAGCCACACCACUGAGCCUCGUCGUGUUGUCGUAGCUGCCGAGAUUCGUCAUGCUAACGUAAACCAUAAACACACUGACAGCCGGGGCUCUAAUGAGAAGGCUAGCGAGAGUGAUGUCUCCGAGAAGCCCGAUCACUGUCACACGGACCUGACCAAUAAGGAUCCGCUCUGUGGUGACACAGGUAGCAGGAGUGACGUUAGUGAUACUAAGAGCCUCAUUGCCGCCCAUGAUGCUCAUGAUGUGAAUCCUGGCAUUGGAUCGCGUCACCCGUCCUCCGAGACAGCAGAGCGUGAACAGGACCGUGUUAGGAACCAGGUCGUCUCCGCUGGCCGGUGUUCAAAUGACAAGAUGGGAAAUGCAACCGCCGGAGACUGCAGCGAUAUUGACGUCUGCACUGCUGAGAGCCACAGUUUGAGAACAAUGGACAAAUAUUCAGAUUGUCCACUUAAAACCAGUGAGAAAUGUGUUGCGUGUGAGAUAGGUAACAAGGGAAGCACAAUCCAGGUCCAAAACCAUCAUGAGAUUAAAUCAGAUCACGUUCAACCUAAGUGUAGCCUGUCCAAACCCCAGCGUGGGUACAGGAGAGUCAGCACUGAGGGGAGGAAAUGUGACGGGUCAGGGAACGUUGGAGAUGAUAUCAGCAGUUUUUGGGGCUACAGUCUCACUCACUCAAACCAGUUUGAUCAGGUUAUUGGCGUACAGGACUGUCCGCUGUCCACUGAGGACAACGAAGGCGUCGUCUCGAGGCCUUCCCCUGGUAUGAUCUCCAUGCUGGGCUGCCCUCUGGAGCCACAGCAAGGGUGUAGGCCGGCAAAAAGAGGAGCAGCAGAGGGGAAAAGGACACAGGAGACGGAGGGCUGGGGGGCAAACGUCAGAGAGGAGGAAAUCCUGAAGGAGAGGGAGAGAAGGCAGGAGGAGCGAGCCAAUGAGCAGGGGAGGAGGCAGGAGUGGGAGGCGGAGAACCAGUGGAUACUGACGUUUGACCGCCUCCACCCGACCAAGAGGCCGGGCGUACUGCGCGCCGCCGUGCCCAUGCCGUGCGUCCACCUCCACCCGCCGCUGCUCCUGGCCCCGCCCCUCCCCUCCUCCUCCUCCUCCCCCUCCUUCUCCUUCCAUCGCACCGUCAUCCGGCACCACCUGGCCCUGCCCCCCCCACCGCCCCCGCCGCAGCACCACCUCCCACUCAGCCCUUACCCCCACCUGCUGCCCUCCUUCCCGCCCCACCACCACCACCACCACCACCUCCCUCCCAUGUCCCUCUCCCCUCAGCCUUCCCUGCCCACCUUCUACCCCUCCCCGCUCCACCACCACCUCCUGGAGCACCCUGGGGCGUUCCCCAUAGCAACGACGUUCCACCCCAUGCCGGGCCAUCACUCACCGCUCUUCUCUCAGACUCAUGGCACUGUCAUGCCCAUGCAGGUGCUUUUCUGAUGCAUCAACUGGCAUAUAUGUGUCUGUAUGUAUAUAUACAAAGAUGUAUAUCGAUAUAUAUGUAGAUACAAAGAUAUAUAUCUAUAAAUAUACAUGAAUAUAUAAUGAAAUUCAAGCCAGCCCACGACUCUAGCGCAGUGUGGGGCAGGAUUUUAAGUGUCAUCAUAAUCUGCAGUCCAAGAGCGAGAUGAGAACUAAGGGAGAAGAGACUCCAAAUAAGUAAGAAGAGCAAAAAUAGAAAAUCUGCACCCUGGUUGUCUUGACGUCAGCCAAUCCACGCCCCCCUCCCCCACGCACUCACUUCAGCCACUCUAUUGGAACAAAAAAGUGACAUGUAAUUAUCUUCAUCAGUAGAGACUCUGCUCAAAAUGAGCCUCAGGUGCGAGCGGAGCCCGAUCUGGGUCGGGAUGCACAGCUGGGCUUGUUUCAAUUGGCAGGAAAUCAGUUGCCGUUGCCCCUGUUUUGCAUUGUAAACAAACCAUUUAUUUUGCAAGGCACGUCUGCGUUUUUACGGUUAUCUGUCUAGGAUACGAAAGAAUUAAAGAGGGGACUCAAAGUAGGAAUUACACGUGUGAUAUAUAAAGUAGGAUAAGUGGUGCAUAUUUCUCCCUGUUUUUUGCAAGCAUACACCGUUGCAAACAAGCUUCUUAACUUGAAGUGCAUAUUAUAAUAAUAUUCUAUAUCUCUGCAACCGUAAAUAGAAAUGAAGAGACAAGAGAUGUCUUGAAUCAUUGCCAGUGACCGUUACUAAGUAACUGCUGAUUCUUAACCGAGGAGAUGGGAUUCAUUUGGCUCAUCUCACCAUAGUGAUAUCAUGGAAGACACUGUUCUAUAUUUACAUUCUGCGUACUCUGCUUAAAGAAAACACUGGAACUUUACCAUAAGGGCAGAAUCUAUCUGUGUCUCUGGCACAGCUCCAACACGUCCACUAUUGAAUCAUUAAGUUUAUUAAGAAGAUAUUUAUUUACAACAUGCUUUUCUUUACCUCGCCCCGCCCCAGUCAGGGCUACUUCUGUAGUAGUACCAUGUAUGUAUAAUGUCUGUUUAGCAUUAAACAGACCUUUCAUGAUUUGAAAAACCUGUAGAGAACAUGCUGUAAAAUACAAAUGUAGAAACUGUACUUUGAUGUAUUUUUGUAGAAAAAUCCUCUGUAAACGUAAAUGGUCUGCAGUUUUUGUAUCAUGUACUCUGAAGCUAUUUUAGCAUAGGCGAUGAUAGCUGUAUGAAAAAUUAAAGAGAUCUUAAAAAUCAAA